AUUUUUGCUCAGCUUUGUUGUGGAUUUAAGUUUUCAUUCGCAUUGUCACAGUUUCAUUUACUGGUACAUUUACCUGUCAGGAUGUUUCUCCCCAACACAAGAGUGCUAGCUGUGGUGUGCUGGAUAAUGUGUGUGAGAAUCACAGUGUCCCAGGCAUCUGUUCCAGCCCCUAAACUCAAGUUCACAUACUGGGUGAAUGAAAGUAAUAUUGUGCUAAACACUUUAUUACAUGUUUCCUGUGACGCCCCUAGCGGUGCUCCGUAUCCUCUAACUGUGUCUGUGGGCAAGCUGGAAAGCUCCUCACAGACCCCAGAGACCACAGAACCCUGGGUGACCUCUGAGGUCGUCAAAUAUCCGACUUCAGUGGGUUUCAAUAUCCCCGCAAUAGCCAAGUACGAAGGGAAAAUGGUGUGCUGGUACCAAUCCACUCGAACUGAACUGAAGAAUUCUUAUUCUGAAUUCAGUAACACUGUUCCCUUGGUCGUAUCUGCCCUCCCUCCUCCCAAAGUGUCUUUGCACCCCAAUCUCUUUCUUGUGGGUGGGAAUUACACUGUGUACUGUAAUUCAACCGCUGGUCCAGUCACAAACUUCACAUUGAGUCUGUAUUACCGCAUCCUCCCUGUCACACCCGGAACCAACUGGACCUUCGCUGGUUCGGUGUUUCUCACAGAUGGCACUAGUAUCUAUUUAAGACAGACGAAUGCAGUCGUCCAAAUAGAGUUUGUCUGCACUAUGGAGAUGUUGUACAGUGGAAAAGUUUUGCAUUCACUGCAGUCUAACAUUGAGCAAGCCUUUCCAGAAGAGCUUCCGGUUCGCCUCUGGGAGCAAGAUCGUGGAGAAAGCUGUCUGGGAUACCUGGAUGUCAAGCUCAAAGGCAAGUGGGAACCGGUUUGUCAGAAGGAAGUUGAUACCGUAGCCGAUGCAUCUGCCGCUAUUGCUACGGCUAAAGUGGUGUGCAGGGAACUAGGAUGUGGGCAUGUGCUGGAGUGGAAGAGGAUUUUGGAAAACAACCGGCAUUUCUCAAACACAAUCGGGGGUAUCAGAUGCAGUGGGAAAGAAGAAAAGACCAGAGAUUGCCCAAUGAAUGAAAUUGAAUUGUGCAAAAAGGGAGGCAUUCUCUACAUAGUUUGUUCAGGUGAGACAGAUUGA